UACAAAGGGGUUGACAAACACUGUUUGUGUCGUUUUGAAUUGGUGGAAGAAGACAGAAACUGUGAAAUAUCAACAUGUUUGCGGUGUGAAAAAUCCGUAGGUUAUGGCUCUGUACGAACAAAAACAUUUAUCCUUACAUAUUGUAGUUUUCAAUUACGAUGUUUGAAUCUCUACCUUUACAUGCAAGGUCACCCCUGAUUAAUAUAACCUAACCUGUCAAAUUAUUUACCCUGCUACACUACAUUUUCAUUAAUGAAUGAGUUAUAAAAUGAGUAAUGGAGAAAAACAAAAACGACCUAACUGUUUGAUAUGUGGCGGUCAAAUUUCAUCCAGUAAUUACGGUGUAUUUUGUACUGUUGUACCUAAUACCGAUACGCUGCUUGCCAAUGCAGUGGAGAAAAUUGUAUGCAAGAAACUUGUACGGUCUGUGUUGUCAGCAGCAUCCAUCUGUGCAAAAUGUUUUUCCCUUUUUGAGGAAUUAGCAUGCGCCGAAACAAAGUGCACAUCCAUCAAGAAAAAAAUUCUAACAUUUUUUGAAAGAAAUUCCCAUAGAAUAAAAAAUGGUAUACAGGAUAUUCAAGGUGUAGCGUGUCAGACAGAAGAUGUGAUAGAAAUUAACAGUGUUGUUGAGAAACCAGAUGAUAAACUGAAAGAGGAGGAAUGUGAACCAGAUACUGAAAAUUCUUGUGAAAAAUCUGCUACAGAACAGAAGACUGAUACUGGCAAAGUUACCCCUCGAACUUCAAUAGUUGCAGCUGGGAAAGCAGGAGCGUACAGUAAGAGAAAAGGAAGACCAGCACGAAAACCACAUACAUCUAAACAAAUUUCUAACAAGUUAUCCAGUGGUCAAGAAAAAGAUGUUCAUCGAGUUCGGCGUUAUAUACACCCAUGCUCACUUUGUGGUAGACUUUUUCGUCGUCCUUGUGAGGUAAAACAGCAUUUGUUGUCCCAUGGGGGUGCAAAGCCUUAUCAGUGCCGUGAUUGUGGGAAAAAGUUUGGCUCAAAAUCAGGUGCAGGUAUUCAUGCUCUGAAGAAACAUGGUAAAGAUAUAACUGAAGAAAAUAUAAUUGACUUGUGUAAGGAUGGUACUUUUAUAAACUCUUCUUCUGACCAGGUAAAUAUGAUGGUUGAAAGAGACAAUAAAGUGAAGAAGGAAGUAGAUGAUCACAGAGACAAUGACACAACAAGUAGUGAUGAUGAUUUUGAGUGGAAAAUGGAUGAAGAAGAAAUUUUUGGUAUGUUUAGUAGUGAGGGGCAAAAAUUUGACUCUGUAACCAACUCACCAGACAAAGCUACAUCUAGUGAAACGGAACAAAAUGGAACUGUUAAUGUUAAAAAUGAAGAUGUUAAAAAAGAUAUUACCGAAGACAAGAGCAAGGAGGAAGAAGCAAAGCUAUCUGAUACUGGAAAACCUUCACAAGGAUCAAGAAAUAAUGAAGAGAAUAAUGACAGCAAAGACGACAAGAGGGCAAGAAAAGAAAAGAAAAGAAAGCGGGAGCCAGCACCGAAGGUACCAAAACAUGAGUGUGGUAUCUGUGGUAAAAAGUGGCGAACUAUGAGUGAAUAUCGAUCACAUGUUGCAACUCACAGUGAUGAAAGACCAUACAUUUGUGAAAUUUGUGGGCAAGCGUAUAAACACAAACCAGCACUAGAUAUUCAUGUUGGGAUGCAUAAUGGUAUAAAUCCAUUCUGUUGCCCCUACUGCAACAAGGCAUUCACCCAAAAGGGAGCACUUCAACGCCAUAUGCCCAUACACACUGGGGAAGCACCAUUCCAGUGUGAACUUUGUGGAAAGCGAUUUGUACAUCAUACAAGUUUCAAUAUGCACACAUUGGCCCACACUGGUCAGAAGAGUUACAAAUGUGGUCUCUGUGGCUUGGCACUGCUGUCGGGAUCACACCUUAAGCGACACUCAAGAGUCCACACAGGAGAGCGACCUUAUCAGUGCCAGACAUGUGGAAAACGUUUUGCCGAGAGAUACAACUUAGUUGCUCAUACACGAGUCCAUGACACUAGCUCUAACUCUGGUGUAAGAGAUGGAGGCUACAAGAAACAUCACAGGUGUCAGUUGUGUGGAGCGAGAUUCGACCGAAGACCGAAGUUGGACCAUCAUAUGGCUCUCUGUCACAAUAAGCUAGGAGAGUCAGAAGACAACCAAAAAUGGAUAGGUCAUACUAUGACUGAAGAGUCAAGUAAACAGACAGCCAGUGAUCUGGGUACUAUGAUGCCAUCAGUGACACUGAGUCAACCCCACUUGCACAGUGUAGCACCCACUUCUGCUCAUCAGCACCGCCCACUUUUACUUCACACAGUUCAUGGACAAACACAUGGACCAGAGCAUGAACAUAGUCACACUCAUGGUUCAAAGGUGACAGCAGCUCAUUCACAUGGUCAUCCCCAUGCACAUCCACUCCUGGCAGCUGCAGCAGCUCAUCAGACUCUGAGUGUUCCAAACCAGCACCAGCAAAAUUGGCAUCAAAUUAUUUUUGGUGGAAAUGGUGGUGUGAGGGCAGAAGAUGGAGCAGGUAACUUGUUAGAUGGAGUUCCACAAGUUAAGGUAGGAAUGCAAAGUGCAGGUAUAAAUGGAACAGCACAGCAUCGGCUUCUUACAGAAAUGCCAUCUUUGGGGCACAGUACUCAAAACCACAGUAUUGGAGUAAGCAUAGGCACUGGUAGAAAUGUACUAGCAUCUUGCUUAGCAGCUGCUGCACCACAUCAUCUUGUGGCAAACAGCCAUGCUCCACAUUUAACAAAUCAUCAUUCAGUUACACAGUCUCGAGUGAAUAUGUUUUCUUCUGGUGAAAGCUGAAAAUUUUUGAGUCCUUCCUUAGAUCAAGUUGGGAUUGGUGCUUUCAGUCAAUGCUUUGACAAGGGCAGUGUUAUCUCUUCACAGAGAAUGUUGUAGCAACCUCAAGGAGAUUAUGAAGGUCAGUUUCCAUUUUGCAACACUUAGUUGUAAAAGUGAAGUGUUUCGGUCAUAUCUUUAUGUUCUGCCAUAUCAGAUUUAUGCAGUGUGAGAGAACAUCAGACAACAUUCCAAUGAAAUUUCCAUUCAUAGCAUUCUGAUUAUAAAACUAUUUAUUGGUUUGCCACUAUGACACAGAAAAAACAAAAUCAGGCAUACCAGUUAAAACAAUGUCAUCAAUUCAAUUGAGGCAGCUGAAAGUAAAAUAUUGUUAUAGACAUAUUUUCAUCAUUGUCUUGCAAGUGUAUCAGAAAAAAAUAUGAAAUAUGUGAAGUCGAUAUGUCAUUCAACUUAUCCAUUGGGAAUUUUUACUAAUUUAGCAGGAGAUACGUUUUGCAGUCGACAUUAGAGAUGUGUCUAGAAAGAAAUCAUGACAUUUGUGGAUGAAAGGGAGGAAAGUAUUGGAAGUUAUAAAGGUCUGUUGGCACUGAAUAUCAUAGUUAUAGCAGAAGUUAGAAACUAGCAUAUAUGAAAUUCCGACAGGAGAUGAAGAGGUUCAGUCCCAUAAAUCAGAAUCAAUUUGGAGCAUGAACACACAGAGCACAUAUAGAUUAUUUCAGCCAAGAAAUGGAGAAUCAGUUGGAUACUAUUGUGAGUACUUUUUAUAGUUGGUAAAGUAAGAGUAAGGAAGCUCUGUCCAGCUCAAUGAUUGUCGUUAGUGUAGGAGCUGUGUGAGAAAGCAAGCUCUGCUGUCCUUUUGCUGUGCUUAUUCCACAGAUGUGCUGAGUGCUUCAUAAUGGGGAGCUCCACCUUUUCUCUGGUGAGUCAUUGCUUCAUCACUCAUUUUGAAACACACAAACAACACAUCACAACAUGGUAUUCACUUUGGAAUGCCCACAGUAUUCUACACAGUAUUGUUAUGGUUAGAUUAAUGAGGGCAGUGGAUGAACACAAAACAUUAAUGGCCCAUCUUCACACUUCUACAAAUCCAGAAUGAAGGAGGAUUGAGUUACCAUCAGCUGUGCAUAACAGAUCGGUGAAAAAUGUUUUGUGGCUGUAGAUAUUAAUAGACAAGUAGAAGGUUACAGGGAAUUCUGCAGGUUCAGUCCCAUAAAUCAGAAUCAGUUUGGAGCAUGAACACACAGAGCACAUGUAGAUUAUUUCAGCCGAGAAAUAGAGAAUCAGUUGGUUACUAUUGUGAAUACUUUCUAUAGUUUGUAACAGAAGAGUCUGUGGAGUGUGGAAGCUCCGUCCAGCUGUGAUUGCCUUUAUGGUAGGUGCUGUGUGAGAAAGCAAGCUCUGCUGUCCUUUUGCAGUGCUGGUUCCACAAAUGUGCUGGGUGCUUUAUAAUGGGGAGCUGUACCUUUUCUCUAUUAAGUCAUUGCUUCAUCACUCAUUUUGAAACACACAAACAAAAUGCCUCCAAAAUGACUGGAAUAAUUGAAAUACUUUUUUUUGCUAAGUGUUUGUUUGUUUAUCAUAACCCUUCUCUUUUCCCCAAAACGAAACAGAGUCGUGUUGAGUAAUUGUUGUUCAUAGCAGAAAUUACUGAGCUUUCUGGCUUAGUCUGUCGAGAAAGUAUAAAGUGGUGGAGAGAAUGCUUUGUGUUUAAAAGUUGUAGGCUUUUUUUUCAUACUAAAUUGCAGAAUUUUUAUUUCAUUCACCAUUUUGUAUCCCUCUGACUAUUUGAGAAUGUUCUUAUUUUUUGUCGUGUCCCACCCACAUUUUCUUGUGCUGAUAUAAGAAAUUCAUCUGACAAAAACCUUGUGGUGUAUACUAGAACACAAUGACUGCGUAACACUUAAUAUGAUAUCCAAAGCAGCUUUUGACAUUUAAAUCUUUUCACAGUCACAGGUGUGCUGUAUUUCAACAACCCCUCAAUUUCUGUAGUAUUUCCUUGUAGACAGGGUCUUGACAGUGGGUGACCACAGUUGUACUAUCUUCCUCCAACAACUAAUAGCAAUUUGUGAAUUUCUAUUAGCACAUAUUUGCAUUAGUGUGUUUGUUAACUCUGUGCAAGAGAAUUGGGAAUUAAUUUGGUCUCUCUCUGACACACACACACACACACACACACACACACACACACAAGUGUGUUCUGAAAAGUGAUAAUGCCUCUGUAUUGUCUAUGUGAAAACUUUUUAAAUGAAACAAAUGUUAUUAACCUUCAACAUCUUUAAUCUUGAUGUCUACAUAUUUUUUUCCCAACGUAGUCACCCUGGCAAGAACACAUUUCUCCCAAUGAGAGACCAUUUUGUUGAUACCAUCACUGUAGAAUGUUUGCACCACUUCAUCAGUAUCUAAGUGAAGUCGCCAAAGGUGCUCUUUUGUUUUGGAAACGUGAAAAUCGUAUGGAGGAUCAUCAGUGACAAUCAAACGAGGGAGUUGCAUUGUUGCAGAAGUUCCAGCACUCAUGUGUGGUCUGGCAUUGCCAUGCUGUUGGAGAGGGCAAUCCAUAUGUGGACAAACUCGUAAGAGUUUUCACAUAAAAGUUUCAGAGGAAUUGCUUUUAAACACACCCUUACAUAUACAUGAAAUGGUUUGUAAUCUCAAGUAUGUGCCGUUAAUUAAUAGAGUAUGAAGUAGUAGGAUAUGUCAUAGGAAUAAAGAAGAAUUUGCUUAAACUCAGGGAGAACUGUGCAAUGUCCAAAUAGUAUGGAUAUAUACAGACAAAACGCAUUAGUUAUUUUGGAUGCCAUCUCAUGAUUUAAAAUCAGUGAUGGUGUAAAAUCUGUGCAGUUAUUGUGUUGAAAACUGUAGUACUUAAGAAAAUUAUAUUUUAUAGCAGCUAGAUAUGUUGAAGUUCUGUUCAGUAUUGGAAACAUAUUUCUAGAAUUUAUCAGAUGAAAGCUGUUUAAUGAGAAGUGUGAUGGGAAUUAAUGAACUGGAUUCCUGCACUUGCAAAGUUACUGUGAUAGCAAGUUGCAGAAAGGGACUGAAGCUUUAAAUAGAUAAAAUGAUAUUAUUUUGACCUUUUUAUUGGAUUUUACUCACCAUCUAAAAUUUAUGCAAGGUGUAUGACAUCAGAUUUUUGUAUAAUGCUCAGAUUUGUAUUGUAUGUGUAAUCAUCCAUAAAUUCACAGCAUAUCAGUGACUGAAUGGAAUAAACUCCAAUUUUGAUGUGCUGAAUUUGUGACUUUUUGUACCAUAUCUGUAUUACUAGUCUAUUUGAUAGGAUUAUAUUUUAUGAAAUAUUUUGUGAUGCAGAGUUUAUCAGUUGGUCUGCUGAAUUAAUGACCAUGUGUCACAGUACUGAACACUGAAUUUUUUAAUAAGAAAAACCUGAACAUGUUCUCAAGGGGGGAAAGCUUCCUCAAGAGCAAAAAUUGCUUGAAUGAUAUUACUUAAAGUUCUGCACUUAGGUUUCAGAUAUGUAUGUAUUUUUGUAGUAUAGGUCUCUGUAAAUGUCUUUCUUUCAGGCAGAGCUUAUGUUAAUUUGGCAAACUGAUAAGCUAUUUAUGAUAACAUUUGCCAGUCAUUAUUGUACAAAGUAUAAAUAUCUACCUAAUUUCUUUUCUAAUUAAAAUGAAACCCAGUGAUUUAGAUGCCUCUUUACAUUAAAAUGUAUCAUAUGUUAAAUUUUACUUUAUUUAUUUGCUUAGCCCUUGCAUCGUAUAAUGUAUGGAUGUACAGUAUACAAGACAACUAGUACAUGUAUGAUUCUAACAGGAUACGAAAGAAAGGAAAUUAAUAUUUUCAGAACAUAAUUUUUUCAAGAUUUAAAUUAUGUAGGACAUGAGGUUGGGGUCAUAUAGUUAAUACAAGUUUGCUUUCAGGUACUCAGAAACUGAAUAAAAUGUGUGUUUCAUUAGGAUUUCUUUUGCUUUUCAGUAUAAAGUAUUGGUUUUCUUUUGAUUGAUGGGCAUAGUUUGUUGAAGAGUGGGCUUGCCUGUAUUUGUCAUCACAUCAUGAUUUCUGUUGAAUUUUUGGCACAUCAGAUGAAUGUUUGCCUUGAUUCACAUGUUAUGGUUGUGCAUUUCUCCAUUUGUCACAAACAGAUUUACGUUUUUUUGGAGAAAGGAGAGUUUGUAGAGUGUAAAUACAGGGCACUGGCAAUGUAUUUAUUUUUUUGAAUAUAUAUGUGGUGGU